CGUUUGCGUCCGUUACAACGAGUGCUUAGUUUAGUUUUCCUCGAUUUGGGGCCCUGCGGAAUUGGCAGUUCACUUUCGUUGGUGGCUCGAGUGCGACGUGACGUGCGGCAGCGAAAAUCGCUUUUCCAGGCAGAGUGCUCCACUACUUGCCAGCAAUUCAGCCACACCAUUCCUCGGUAAUUGCGCUGCCAAGUGCGUAAUUGGAGCUUGGGGAAAACUGCGUUUUCCGCAUUUCCAGAACGUGCUCCACUUCCACUCGAGUACGUAGAUCCCUAAAUCAAACGCGUUUCGUCAACCGCCGUCCGCUUAAACAGUAAAAAGUAAACAAACAAUACCAAUCUACAAUCUCACGCGAAAACAAUAAGGCGAUCGUUCGGAAAUUAGUGCCACCAGACAAAGGCAGCUCACUCCGUGUCCAAACCCGAGUCCAGGCCCGUAGAGAUGGCGUUCAUUUCGAAAGAUUUUCGGUCUCCGGGCGAGACUUGGAUCAAAACCGACGGCGGCUGGGAGCGCUCCAAGGUGCUCGAGUGCGGCGGAAAGCGGAAGCGGCACCACUCGGAGGGAAGCAGCUACCAGGACAGCGACAGUUCGGAGGAGGACGCGGUGAUGCCGCCGCAUUACCACAUCACCAUCCGGUGCACCCGAGAGAUAGCUGGGUUCAAUGGGCUCAGCGAGGCUGUGAAGCGUCUGGACUUCAGGCGCUCGGUGCGGGACCGCAAGCGGUUCCACUACAUAUGCGCCUUCCUGCUGCUCGUGUCCAACAAGGGCAUCGCCAGUCUGCCGGGAAGUGCCCAGCGCCAGCUCCUCCAAAUGGUCGAGGAGGUGGCCUCGCAUGUAAAUGACAGCCAGCAGCACCCGAAUGUGCUGCGCGGCCUGGCUCUGAAGCUGGAGCACAUCGUCAGCCAGGAGAACCAGAAGUGCUGGGGCAAACCUCUGGGCAGCACGUACCUGUGGAAGGAGCACAUGGCCACCAUCAAGCGCAUCCAGCGCGUCGCCAGCCAGAUCGAAAUCCGAGAGCCCGAUCCGGAGGCUAAGCCCAAGCUGCACGAGCUGCCCGAGGAGUGUGUGCGGGAGAUCAUCCUGUGCAUCGCCGACCACAGGGACCUGGAGUCGGCCGCCGAGGCUUGGGAGACCAUGGCCAAGCUAGUCUCGGAGCAGCGCAUCUGGCGGGAGCUGACCCGCUUCCACUUCAACCAGCGUCAGAUCCACACCAUCCUCGACCUGGACAAGUUUAAGCAGAUGGGCGAGAUCAAGGACUGGAAGCAGAUCUACCACCAGCUGCGCCGUACCUACGGCGUAAACGACGACUACCAGUUCGCCGAGGUGCUGGCCCUGUGCCGCUCCUGCUGCUGCCUCUUCUGGCCGUCGGACGGUCAUCCGUGCAUCGUGGACCAGAGCCCGGACUACAAGCAGCGCCUGGAGGAGGCCGGCGGACAGUUAGCCCUGGCCCAGCCGGUGCCUCCGGCCCAGUUUCUGAAGUACUUCUCGUUGUAAGCUGGAGGAUCGGACCAAGGGAGAGAGAUAGAGAUAGAUCGAAAGUAUUUUUACGGAGGCGUGGCUGGUGGCCCAGUGGAUUGGUUGUUUGGCUGCGAAUGAGAGUCUUUAUGCGUGUGUUAAAGUUUUACCCUUGGAGAGGAGAGGAUUGGAUGGUCGAGGAGUGGAUCAGAAAAAGCAAAGUGAUAAGAAAUCCCUAAUGUAUAACUACGUAUAUGAAUGUAUGUGCGUAAAUCGCAAGUCGCCAGGCUCGUUUCGAUUGGUUUGCAGUUUGUCCAGGCUAAGGCUCAGAUUCUAGUUCAACGCGGCUUCAGUUCAGUUCUUUGCCAACUCAUUGUAUUGUUGAACCACGAUCUGUGCAGGACCGAGGAUUACUAUUAGUUGUGUAGAAAUAUUUAUCGACUCGCGUGUCAAUUGCCAGGGUCCAAUGCUGGGUCGCUUAUCUUCGAGGUCGGAGUGGUUAUUGAGAUUUUUGGACACGCAAACGAACUGCCACAAAACGAGAAUAAGCGAUUAUUUUUUGUCAAACUGAUUAUUGCAAGACGUGAAUCGAGAAACUAUUUUUAAAGUAACAGUAUAUAUAAUUACCGAUUUGUUCAUUUUAAGACAAACGAGGAACACACUUUUAUGCAUGACUUUUGAUCGAUCUAUUGUAGGGUUUAAGUGUAGUUUCUUUGUGUACAUCAGCUGCUUUUGGUGCUAAAUCUUGUUAUAAGUUCCAAUCAAACGAAAUCAAAUCAAACCAACUCCAGUUACCCGUUCCCACGAUCAGAGUAGAUCCCUAGUUCCGAGUAGAGAGGCGUAGAGAGGAGGAAAUCAUGUGAUGUUGCAGGAGCAAAGCUAGAAACGAAUACACCUACCUAACGAUAACAAAUCUUAAAGCGACUUGCCGCCAAGCAAUGCUAUAUACAAAUACUAGAGAUCGUCGCCAGUAUAAGAGUAAUUUUACGGAGUGCAGACACAGAAUAAUCCAAACCCUAAGACAGAUCGGAAGCCGAGUAUUUUCCAAAAGCAUCCAAACACUCUUUAUUGGCCCAAUGAAACAGAACCGGAAUAUAGAUAAUGUUAAUGUGUAGAGAUACCCGUUAGUAGGAACCCCCAUCCAAGCCCCAUGAUUUCCCUGUAAAGUACCAGUUCGAUAUCACAUUAAUUUUACUACGACUUUUACUAUUGUAAGUACGAAAGUCUUAGCAUUCUCAAUCAUUUGUUUGCAAACAUUUCUACGCGAAAUAAAUCUCUAAUUUUAUGUUUACAAUAAACUUGCCAAUAUCUGUGGA